UCGCAUUGGUAUCCCCCGACUUCAUUGACUAGUACACUGCUAGUGGCACUGUCUCGGUCGACCCCUCACUGUACAGAAUAAACACCAAACAUUAGAUUUUCCCAAGCAUUAUCCAAAUACAUCCAAUCUCUGAAUACUGGAGCCAACUUAUGUACAAUCUCUGAGAUUAGUUCCAGGAUCUGUCACAGAUCUAUCUGAAACCAUGGCCAAGAAUCAUCAACCAAUUCAAACCAAGCCACAAGUUUAUACCAAGCAAGAUUUGAUCGCACUCGGAAACUCGAACCGGAAACUCAACCAUUGGCCAACCAUUAUCCUCUGCAUUAUAUUCGUCAUAACAGGUCAAUCCAUAGCUAAAAUCCUCGAAAACUUUUACUACGACCAAAUUGACCACAACGACAACCAUCAAAACGACGGCGUUUGGACUCAAUCUCUCCUCCAAACCGUUGGAUUCCGUCUCCUUCUCCCUUUCUAUAUAUUCACCGCCAAGAAACACAACCAACAGCAAUCUCCAACCACUUCCGACCGAACCUCAACCAAGUACAUAAUAUCUUUCUCCGGUCUCAUCGGAAUCCUCUGGUCGAAUCAAGGAAGAUUCUCCGCCAAGGCAAAGCUCGAACUCCCCUUUAGGGUUUUCACGCUCAUCUACACAACGCAGCUCUUCUUCACUCUCAUCUUCGCCGCCUUCAUCAACAAGAUCAAACUCAACCGUUGGAUUAUCACCUCACUGAUCUUGGCAACCGCCACCGGAGCUCUCACCUUCUCUUCCUCAUUCGGCGGCGAGCCUGACGAAGCGGAGGCGAACAACGGAAGAGGCUCACUGGCUGCUCUAAUCUCCAGCCUAUACUUCUCUCUCCUCCUCUGUGUCAUUCAAAACGUGUUCAAACGUACCAAAGCCCCAAGCUUUGCAUCAGUUUACCAAGUCCUGAUCAUCUCCUCCCUAUUGGCUACGAUAAGCUCAGCCGCGGGUCUUCUCAUCGAGGGCGAGCAAGACGAUUUCAAGAGGGACAUGAAUGGUUUCUCGAAAGGGAAAGGUGCGUACGUGAUGGCUUUGGUGGGUCAAGUCGUUGCGUGGCAGGUCUACUGGGCUGGGAUCGUCGGACUAGUCUUCUCCGUCUCGAGCGUCUUAGCUAACGUGAUCAGUGUCAUUACAUGGCCAAUCGUGUCGGUGCUUGUGGUGAUCUUCUUUGGCUACGUGAACGAUGAGUUUGAUGUCUUUAAAGGUGUUGCCUUGGUCACAGCCUCCUUAAGUGCGGCCGCUUAUUUCUAUAGGCUUCACAAAGAGAAUCUUAGCUACUGACGUGGCGGCGAUCUUCAAAAAGGUUACUUGUUUUGUUAAAACCGUGUUGUUUCUCUGUGUGAGUUGGUGCUAAAUGUAUAUUUUGUCUUCACAUUGUAAGUUUUGUAGUGAAAUAAAUAUUUGGAAGUGUGUAUUA